AUGCCGCCCUCUAACAGAUAUGUGCGACCGAUGACGUUGCGAUCGGUGCCUGUGCAAGUAGACCCGUCGAACCCUGGCACGGUGAUCCGUGUCGCUCUGGGCGUAGAGACGGUCCUCAACAUCGUGGUUGGAGGUUACAUCGUCUUCUGCCCCCAGCACUUUGUCGGCCUGCUGGUAUCGACGCCGGCCAUGAUAACGCCCAGUCUCAUUGCCGCUGUCCGGCAAUAUGGCGCCUUUGCCACAAGCCUGGCCGUACCCACGGCGUUGGGAAUCCCCAACACUCGACGUGGUAUUGAAAGUCGGGUAACAGUGUACGCAUUCCUGGGGUCAGCCGAAGUUUGCAUCACCUUGGUCUCGCUCUAUCUCGCCUUAGUCGGGGGCGAUGGCAGUGGAUUCUCCAAAACCGCAAUGCUGGCAUCCGCUGCGGCUUUUGCGAGUGGUCUCUCCUGGAGGCUUCUCGUUCUACUUGUGUAUCCUCAAUGGCUCGGGGCAUACCGGCUUUCGGCGAAGGAGGAAUAA